CUAAAAAUUGCGCUAUUACGUGCCGGCAACUGAAACCGACAGCUUACUCGUAGUUUUCUCCGUUCUCCGAAUAAUUAUAUUUUCGAUAUUCGGUUGCCAAUUUAUUCGAAAAUCCUUCAAAAUGUGUGCAGUGAUUGUGUAGUUGGAAUAGCUCUUCAGCUUCUUGUAUCUAAUCUGUGAUCUUUAAUUUAAACUACCGAAAAUAAAAUUUUUAUUUUGUAAUUGCAAUUUUUGUGAAAUGGAAAAUUUUGAAAGCACAAUUUCUCCAGACAUUUUAAAUAUGACAACAGCAUCGACAAGUUGGCUUGCAUCGAAUCUAAGCACAUAUUUGGCCACAAUAUCAUCAACAACUGAACCGUACGAUAAUGAUAAUGGAUGUCCUCAAAUCAAUUGUACGACCGUUGAAUACACAGCUUACAUACUUGGACCACAAUCAUUGCCGCUUCACAAGGCGUUGAUGAUAACCAUGAUUUAUGGAGUCAUUUUUUUUAACUGGUGUAUUGGGAAAUGUGCUGCUCUGUAUGGUGAUAAUUAGACACGAAAUUAUGCACACAGCAACUAACUAUUACCUGUUUAGUCUGGCUGUAUCGGAUCUUAUCUAUCUGCUUCUAGGUUUGCCCACUGAAAUCUUUCUUUACUGGCAUCAAUAUCCAUAUUUAUUUGGUUCACCAUUUUGCAAGUUGCGGGCAUUCAUUUCUGAAGCAUGCUCAUAUGUCUCGGUAUUCACAAUUGUGGCCUUUUCCAUGGAGCGAUUCUUAGCGAUUUGUCAUCCAUUACAUUUGUACACCAUGACAGGCCUUAAACGAGCAGUUAAAAUUAUUACAGCCCUCUGGAUUGUAAGUUUUAUAAUUGCCAUACCAUUUGGAGUCAAGUCUAAAAUUCAAAUGCUGGAGUAUCCAAUUGAUGGAACUCUCAUAGAGGACUCUGCCUUCUGUUCAAUCGAAUUGGGGUUUCCCGAAAAGUUCCCAAUAUUUGAGAUUUCCAUUAGCAUAUUUUUCAUUAUUCCCAUGAUACUCAUAAUAUUGCUAUAUGGUCGCAUGGGUGCUAAGAUUCGAAGCAGAGCCACCAAAGACUUAGGAGUUCAGGAGGGCUCCAGAAAUCGAGAAUCUCGCACUUCACAGAAGAAGAAAAAAGCCGUCAUCCGAAUGUUGGCUGCCGUUGUUGUCACAUUUUUUGUGUGCUGGUUCCCAUUUCAUUUGCAACGAAUGUGGUUCUUAUAUGCCAAAGACAAUCUCCAUUACCAGGAGAUAAAUGAAUGGCUCUUCUCUAUAGCGGGCUUUGCAUAUUAUAUUUCUUGCACCGUUAAUCCGAUUCUAUAUAAUAUUAUGUCUCGCCGAUAUAGAGUUGCCUUUAAGGAGGUGCUUUGUGGGAGAAAGGUUGUUGGCUAUUAUAACAAUGGACUACUGAGGGAACAGUCGAGUUUUAUGAGGAACCAAAGAAGUUUUCGACAUUCCAGCGUAACAACCAGUCUAGGUGCUGAUACUCCAUAUAGUCGAGUGCAUUCUAAAACAAUAAGCGAUUUUCCUGUACUUAAUACAACGAACAUUGUGAUUGUUCUGGGGAAUAAUACGAGUGGCUGUCCAAAUGAGAUAAUUAAAGAAAAGCUAGAAGACUUAAGAGAGGAAAAUUGAAUAUACAUGUAUAUCUAUGAAUGAAUAUAUCCAUAUCUAUCUCUA